UUUUCUGUGAAUUUACUUAACGUAAACAAAAAUCGUUAAAUCGCAAAUUAAGAUUUGUUUUCUAAUAAAGAGAACAAUAAAAAAAGAAAAAAGUAACUUAUCAAAGAUGUAAAAACAGUGCAAAUUCUAUUUAAAGAAUAACGAACAAUUGAAUUUUUACUGGAUAGAUAAUAUGGAUAAAUUAAGUUUUCUCAAUUCAAAUGACACUGAGAAAAAAAUUGAAAAAUUUCGAUCGUCGUCAAUAAGUGAAAAAUCAAAAUCAAAAUUAAAGAAGAAACGAAAAAAGGAGAAACGAGAGAAAAAAUCCAAGAAGAAAAAAAAGAAACAUCGAAAAUCAAGUUCUGAUGAGAGUUCCAGUGACAGUGACGAGGAGCAAUGUGUAAAAAAAUUAAUCGAAUCAAAUGACUCUAAAAGUGAGGAAAAUUCAUUUAAAAAGCCAUUGGAGAGAGAAGAAUGGAUGAGUCUUCCAGGAAUAUUUCCAACAAUUUCCGACGAAAAAAGAAGAGACAAGGGCAAAUCAAAGAAAAGUGAGGAGGAAAAAUAUAUUCUCGAUAGACCGGGUCAAAGUGGAAGGGAAUUAAAUCCAUAUUGGAAGGACGGUGGCACUGGUUUACCCGAAGAACAAGAUAGUAAAAUAAAUCAAACAAUGGAUAUUAAUUGGCUAAAAAAAAGUCUUCAAAGAGCGAAAGAAAUGGCCGAUGAAAAGGGAAUUCCUCUCGAACAAGUUGCAGCGGAAAGAUGGGGGUCUUUAGAAAAUAUUUUGUCCCUGAUAAAUGAAGCUGAAAGGAAUCAUUCAAGAGAAUCAAGAAGUCAUCACGAACAUCGGAGAUUUGGAAAAUAUUCCGAUUCUCGGGAUUAUCAUUACAAAAGACACGAUUCAAGUGAUCGGGAUUUUGAGAGGAAAGAAAGGCCGGCAUUUAAGAAACCAAAAGGCGAUGACAAUUAUUCCGUAUCGUCUUCCAGACGCGAAUCGAGUGGGCCGAAAAAAUGGCAAAAACCAGAAGUACGGGAAAAAUUGUUGAAAGAAAGAUCUGAAUCGAGUUACAAAGAAAUUGAAAAUUAUGACAAAUUUUCAGUCUCGUCGAGUAGGGAGUCUAAUUUGGAAAAUAACACAAUUAAUGACGAUGAUAAUAUUCUUACUGAGGAAGAAUUGAAUAAAUUGGGCGCCAAAAUUGUAAAAGCCGAAAUUAUGGGCAAUGAUGAAUUGGCUGCUGAACUGAAACUAAAAUUACAGAAAGCAAGAGAAAUGCGUAAAUUAGAAUCGAGUAGAGUCAAGGAAGAAACUGUUAUUUUAACCCGAACUGAUGCUAAAGGUAUAACUCGACCUUUGGAGCCAAGAGCAGAUUCUUCAAACUCGAGUAAAGAUCGGAAAAGAAAGAAAAUGGUCCAAACUCAUACGGGCGGAGAAAGAGUUCGAUACUUUGCAGACGAUGACAAAUAUUCCUUGAACGAAAUGUUUCAGAGCGAAAGAGGGAAAUCAUCUAAAGAAGAUGACGAAAUGUUCGUUAAACUCGCAUCAAAGAGUGGCGAUAUGGACGAACUUUUUGAGCAGAAUAUUACUUACAAAAAUUCAGACGCCAAACAGGAUGCCCGUGAACGUUCACAGGCAAUCAAGGAGCAUAAGAAGAAGACAAAGAGUUUGGAAAAUUGUCUAUGGUGUUUGGAUUCAGAGAGAUUAUUGAAGCACAUGAUUAUUGCCGUUGGCUCCCAUGUUUAUUUAAGUCUUCCAGCAUAUUCUUCCUUAACAACAGGACAUUGUUUAAUAUCGCCCAUGAAUCACGUUCUCUGUCAAACACAAUUAGACGAAGAUGUCUACGCUGAAAUAAAGCUUUUUAAGAAGACUUUAACAAAAAUGUUUGAAGUGUACAAAAAAAUCCCCGUAUUUUUCGAAGUCGCUAUGAAUUUCCAUUCCUAUCACCAUAUGCAAGUAAUUUGCGUUCCUUUAUCACUGGACGAAGGAAAUUUAGCACCAAUGUAUUUUAAGAAAGCUCUACUAGAAUGUGAAUCAGAAUGGUCAAAUAAUAAAAAAAUUGUCGAUCUUAAGGAAAAAGAUAUUCAACGAGCAAUUCCAAAAGGUCUGCCCUAUUUUGAAGUCGAUUUUGGAAAUCAUUCCGGCUUUGCUCACGUUAUUGAAAAUGAAAAGUUAUUUCCAAAGAAUUUCGCUCAGGAAAUAAUCGGAGGAAUGUUGGACGUUGAUUACAGUCUAUGGCGAAAGCCAAGACGGGAGAAUUUCGAGGAUCAAACAAAAAAGGUAAUUGAAUUUACGCAAAUGUGGAAACCAUACGACUUCACUGGCGGUCAGAAAUUAUAGGAAAAAAUUUAGAAGUUCGUACAAUUUGUUAUAUCGUACAAUAUAUAAACUUACGAAAAAUGUUAAUUGAAAAUAAAAGAAAAUGUCGUUUUUGACAUUUUUUUUUCCUUUGAAA